CGAUCGCCAUGUCUGCUUUUGCAUUUUCCGCUCACGAGUUUGCUUUGCGUUUUUAAUUUUUCUCAAUUUUGCAUGCUAUGGAGAGUGUAUGUAUUACAAAGUUAGUGUACGUCGUGCCAAACACAGAAAUAAGUAGGAUCUGGGCGAAACUCGUGUUGGGAUAUCACCUGGAUGUGAGUCCUGAAACGGUAUACCUUGAAUUUGCAAGAACCAACCAAUACCUCAAGAAGGAAUAUGAAAUCCUGCAAAGCGGACAGAAGCCAAUACAUGUUGUGAACCUUGCGCAGAUCAUCAAGUCUCUUGCUGAGAACUAUCAGCAGAGUGGGAUACUGAACAGAUCUUUGGUGCAGGACUUGAUGAAGAAUCUGGGUGUUCCGUGUGUGGAAAAGAGUCAGCCGAUGAAGAGAACCUUCACGAAUACAGACCCAAAAAAUCAGGACAAUGAGCUGAUUCCAGAAGAGGAACGUGGCAGAAAUUUGGAGACAGCUUCUCAGCCAAAGAAAUUGGUCAGACUGUCUAUAGCCAAGCCUAGACAAAAUCAUGCCAUGAAAGAGUCCUUCGUGGAGGAAACAAAAGCAACUCAAUCAUCCGGCAGUCCUCAAGUAGGAUUGCCAUCCUCAUCUUUGCCUGAAGACAAUCAAGCUCAAUGCAUAAUUGACGUUAAGAAUGGUAACACCUGGAUAUCAUCUCCAGGAAUUGAAGCCGUACUUCAACACAUCCUCUCAUUUAUUGAUGCAUCAGAAUCUCAGGAAGCUUAAUAAACAGAAUUAUAUGAGUUUCUUGAAGAAAUCCACGAUAUGAUAUUGUUAAUUCUUAGCAAUCCUAAAGCAAAGUUAGGACAUUAACCAUGACUGGAAAUUGUUUUUUCUGUAAGAAUUUUUCUGAAAUCAGAACCGGCUAAAGUGAUUAAAACUACACCAAAAAUUCACCCUUCUUGACUUACAUGAGAAUUGUGAAAUGUGUAUAUUGAUAUUCAUCAUCGACCAAAUAAAGCUCUUAAGUAAUUUAGAAAACAUCCCUUGAGAAACAAUAAAACGUUGCGAUAGAUUU